AUGAAGCCUGUUUCAAUGCUUGUGCUGUUUAGCAUCGCUGUUGCCUACGUUUCUGCUGGGUCAACGUACAGUGUCUCAUUCAAAACCUUCGAUGAGUCUGAUGAUGACGAGCCGGGUUCGUCGAAUACCUGGCAGGUUGACACAAAGUCGCUUCCUGAGAAUGAUCCCAAAUACGUCGUCGUUUCGUAUGCUCCAGCUCCUACUGAAGAAUUACCAAAGGUGAUCGUGUCGUGCAAGGAAUCAGACGAUUGUUAUGGUGUGAAUCACGGCGUUGAUAUCACCUCAACACCUAAACUUGACCCUGAUUUCAAACUUAGCCCCGAUUUUGCUAAGCCGAAGGAUCCCCCAGUAUACAAAUCGUCUGGCCAGACCUGGGACGAAUAUCAAAGUCACGGAGGCCUUAGAAACAACGUAAUAUACUGA